UCUUUUUGUUUAUUUUUCAGAUUAAAACACCAUGUGGAUAAUUCCGACAGUGGAAGUGGCGAUGAGGAUUCUGGUCCAAAUAUCACUGACUUAGGACCUAUUGAAUAUCCACCCGGGGAACACCGACUACAGCAUUCAUAUUGUCUCUGGUUUUCAAAAAGACCAUCUCAGAUACAAGGUUCCCAGGGUUACUCGCAAGUCUUACGAUUAGUAGGUCAAAUAGGGACAGUGGAACAGUGGUGGGCCUUAUAUUCUCAUAUGGUGAGAUUGCAAGAUAUUCCUUCUCACAGAGAUAUUCACCUCUUUAAGAAGGGUAUAAAACCGAUGUGGGAAGAUCCAGCAAAUAAAAAAGGAGGAAAAUGGGUUAUAAGACUGAGGAAGGAGCAGGCAGGAAGGGCGUGGGAAAACUUGUGCCUAGCUAUGUUAGGGGAACAGUUUAUGAUGACAGGUAACGAAAUAUGUGGUGUGGUAAUUUCAACACGGUAUCAUCAAGAGUAUGUUCUGAGUAUUUGGAAUCGAACAGCAUCAGAUCAAGUAACCAAUGGUCGAAUCAGAGAUGCUUUGAAAAGAUUAUUGAAUAUACCACCAAGUGCCACCAUGGAGUACAAAACACAUAAUGAUUGCCUUAAAUAUGGGGCUUCAAAGGUUAUACCAAAUAACGCAUUGAAAAGUUGACUACACUGAGUUAUUUCGAAAUAUGUGUUAAUGUGUUCUGUUAAUAAAUUUUGUCAGAAAUA